GCAUUGCGAAGGUGAGCAGAGCUUCAAAGCGGGCUCUUAAAAUAUGUUGGGUAAAUGAAGAUUCCUAUCUUUUCUAACAGUUGGACUUAUCGUUGACUGUUUUGGUGUGACAUGAGCAAAGCCAUUUAUGUCUUCUAACUUUUGCCCAUGGAUUUUCUGACUUCACAAAAGCAUGUAGCGGCGAAUUAUAGUUCAAAACAUGUUAGAAAUGCUUCAACUCCUGGUUAUGUCCCUCCAUUAAUUCGUGGCCUCAGUUUGGAAGAUCCAUUAAAAUGUGCAUCACUCUCUGUUUCCAAGCACAAGAGGAAUCAGUCAUGUGUGCGUGUUAAUCUUGGAUUUAAUGAUACGAGUUCAUUGGAUUCAAUAUUUUCUCAACCAGCUAGUGGUAGUAGUAUUGCUCAUAAAAAAGGAUCAACAAUGGUCACACUGUCAACUCCAACACCAACUCCGACACCGACACCAACCCCAACAAAACUACCAACAUCAUUGAUAAACAACACAAAUGAUAAAUCAAAUCGUUAUAAAUCAUCCACUGUACCUAGUGUUAUCCGUAUUGUUCGUAAAAGUUAUGAUACAUUAGAUGUUGGUAAAAAUUGUCAUGAUAAACACUUGAAAGCUGAUGCAGAAUUGAUUGCUCAACAGAUCACUUUAAUUGAACUGAAAUAUUUUCAAGCAAUAGAAGCAGAUGAAUUUUAUACACUCAAAUGGAAUAGUAAAGAGAAAAUGCAAUAUGCACCAAAUAUUGUUGCAUCAACACGAUGGUUCAAUCAGAUCAUAUUCUGGGUUCAAAAAGAUAUCCUCAACGAGAAAAAUUUAUCGAAACGAACAGAAAUACUCUCGCAUUUUAUACGGAUAGCUAAAAAAUUGGUUGAUAUGAAUAAUUUUUCAUCAGCAAUGGCUAUUGUCUCCGGUUUACAUGUACAGUGUAUUUAUCGUCUGAAUGCUACAUGGUCUAACCUGUCAUCACGUGAUCGACAUACAUUUCGUAAAUUGGCUGAUCUCUUUUCACAAGAGCAUAAUUAUGUCAAUUUGCGUACUGCUGUAGAUAAUGCACGUCUUCCAUGUAUACCAUAUUUAGGUGUCUUCUUAGGAGAUUUAACAUUUAUUGAUGUAGCUGCAUCGUCUGUAGCGACAUCAUCAAGUCAUCGUGAGAAUAGUUCAUGGGAUAGUCAAGGCAGACAAGAUCGAAUGAAUAAUAUACUUCGGAUUAUUGCUAAUUUUCAACAAUCAAAUUAUUCUUUUGUUCGAAAUGAAUCAGUGGCAAGUUAUCUAGAAGCUCAACGAUAUAUUGAAGAGCUUCAACGAUUCAUUGAAGAUGCAAAUUAUAAACUGUCACUUCAACUGGAACCGUUAUUUCCACCUGAUACCUAUUGUUCUACAGAUCCAGCAUAUUGUAUUCCAUUAAAUAAUAAUCUCUUUGUUAAUUCUACACAUAAUAUACUUGAACCUGUACCGGUUUAUAAUUGUACAACGACUUCGACAACAGUCACGUCAACAACGUCGUCUACUUCAAAUGUUCUGAGUACGUCUAUCUCGUGUAAUAAAGUCGCCAGUCCAAAUGGUGGUGGUGGUACACGUAAACAAAACAAAAAUAGCACAGAUGGUAUGAAAAUAAAAAAAUCAAUAUCUCCAUUAUGUGAUCUACUUACUGCACCACCACCAGCUAUACCUCCUCCACCGCCGCCGCCACCACCACCACCACCUCCAGCAGCUGGUAGACAUCUUCGGGAACCAUCAACAACAAUGCCACGUGUAAAUUUAUCUUCUCAACUAUCCGCACCGAAUUCAAUACAACGUCCUCGAAAACGACCAACGCAUAGAAGAUUAGGCAGUUGGGCAGGGGUUGGAGUGUUAUCCUGUGAUAAUUAUUUAACACCAACAAACGAAGAAUUUGUUCAUGAUACUACGAAACCAGAUCUGCUUGAAUCUGAGAGUACACAACAAUCUUCUCUGUCUGUUCGAUCGUUAGACACUUCUCGUAGUCAACUUCUAUCUCGUUCACCUAUUCAAAGUAGACAUAUGAAGUUGUAUCCUAAUAAUCUUGAAUCGUCAACAAAACAUGCCUCGUCUAAUUCCACUUCUCCUCGUCCGAUUACCAAUAGAUGUUCACCACGAUUAAUUGAUAAACGUGUUAUUGGUAAUAAUAUUAGAGGAGGAGGAGGUGGAGUUCGAAGAGAACCCAGACAACAACAUUUAAUCGCUUGUCCUGGUGUUGGUGGUGAUGAUAAUUUCACUGUAGAACAACAACAACAACAAUUGAAUUCUGCUUCAUUAACAUCAACUUCACAAUUGGAUGAUUUAACUGUUGGUCGUCAAACUUCCUCUUCUGCUGCAUCAUCUACUUCCUCUUUAGUCCCACGUCAAUCAUCCGUUGAUAAUAAACAAUCAUCAAAAAUGAUAAAUUAUAAAAAUUUUCAUAGAAAUCAAUCCAUUCCAAUAAAUCUAGUCAAUAUUCAGUGUAAAUCUUCAUCUCCAACAACAACGUCACCAUUGAAAUCAAUCACCUCUGGAUUCCAUGAUUCAUCUAUUUCUCAUCAAAAUCCUCCUGCUCCUGUUGUUGUUGUUGAUGAUGAUGUUGGUGCUGCUGCUGCUGAUGAUGAUGAUGUAUUCAAUAAAAAAUCGAUACCUGUAACACCAAAUCAUUUCAUUAAAAAUCAUCCACAUUGUAUAGUGUCGUCAUCAUCAUCGUUAUCCGCAAAUACUACCAAAGUAUCAAAUUCUGUCAGCAAUACAAUAACAACAACACCAACAACGUCAACUACUACUACUAUAACUCCUUUUAUCAGUAGUAUCAAAAAGCCUUCUGUUGCCAGACGAUUAUUUCAUGAUUGUCUACCGUCGCCUUCUCCUGCCCCAUCUUGUCCUCAUCAACUGCCUCUGUCACCAGGAAGUAUACAAUCCACUCCAUCAUCAUCAUCGGUAUCAUCAGUAUCCAAUUUACCUCAAUCAUCAUUACCUGCAUCGAUAACUCUAACCAUGAAUGGCGGAUCAGAUUUAUCACUUUUAAAACCUUCUGUAUCUUCUACGCCAUCGUCAUCAUUAUUAUUAUUCCCUUUAGCGUCUCCGAUAUUGUCUAAAACACUUGCAAAUGAUAUGCUAGAUUAUGGUACACCAAUUAAAAAAGCACAUCCUUCUCUGCCUUCCUCUUCUCCUCCUUCGUCAUCAUUCUAUACGUAUUCACGUUGUCUUUCAUCAAAAACCCCUCCAGUGACAUUGUCCGUUCCUACUACUAUCACAGUAACAACAACAACAACUACUACUACUCCUACAAAAAUCGAAUGCCCAUCUUUUUGUGUACCUGAAUCACCCUUAUCCUCACCAUUAUCGUCAGCAUUUCAGUUUUCACCAGGAAUAAUGCCGCCACCGCCAGCUCCACCACCUCUGUACCACUCUCAACACCCACAGAAACAUCAAUUAUCAAAUUCUAUUCAUCAUCCCUUAUCACAUUUAGCCUUAGCAGCUUUGGCAGCUGUUCAAGUGAACAUGAUUAAUGAUGAUGGUAACAGAAAUCAAUAUUCCCCUGUAUAUAAUAAUCAUAAAAAUGUAUCAACAGGGACAAUGAAUUCUCCUCAGCCUCAUCUUUGCUGUUCAUCUUCUCUAGUGUGUUCAAUCAAUGCGGAAUUAAUUCAUAAUAAUUGGUUGAAAGUGAUUCGAGAAGGUCCUUUAUUGUGUUGUCCUGUUUCAUUGAGUUCAUUUCACAAAGCUCAAUCAUACAAUAAUGCUGCACCGUCUAGUACAUCUUCAACCCUUACUUCAAAUUAUCAUCACAAUAAUUUGUUUAAAUCUUCAAUAUUAUAUCAAAAUUUAAAUCCUUCAACACCUGAAUUACAUCGUAUAAAAAUCAGUGAUAAAGAAACAUUGGAUGUUUCACCAAUAGGUAAAUCACAGAGAAGAAGAAGAACAAGAAGAAGACGGAAAUCUGAUCAGCCGACAAGAAUGAUUAUUCCUGACAAUCAUAGUCCAUUGAACAUGAAUUCAUCUUCUUCCCCGCCUCUUCCUUCUCUUCCUUCUACUAAGCUCAAUUUAAGUGUACCUCCAACUCCAUAUUCAAAAUCUUCUUCUUUAAUAAUGGAAUCGACUUUAUCAAUGUUGUCGUCAACAUCUUCCAUCUGUGAUUCCCUUUCUUCUUCUCUUUCUGCUUCUUCUUCUGACGACGAUGACGUCGACUCCCUACCAUCAUUGGAUGAUAAUCGUCAAAUCGUCAAAUAUCACAAAAGAAUUGGACAAUCUUUAUCAAAUCUAAAUGAUUCAUCUUAUUUCCCAUAUUCUUAUACUACGACUAUCACUACUACUAAUAAUAAUCAUAAUGAUUGUAAGUAUUAUAAAAAAUCAAUAAUUCCACAAAUAUUUUAUCAGCAUAAAUAUAAACAUUAUUGGGCUGUGCUUAUUGUUUCGCCAUCAUCAUCGCCGUCGUCGUCGUCAAAUUCUUCACCUGAUUGUGUUUAUUUAGUUUUGUUUAAAAAGUAUCCAAAAUAUCAACAUCAGCAUCGUCAUUGUGAUGAUGAACAAGGAGAACGGCAUCAUCAGCAACAGCAACAAUCAUCAUUUAAACAAAUUUUCUCUUGGUCUUUAUCCUCACCAGUGUCUACUUUUAAUCGGUAUAAAUUUUUCCCUAAAACAACAACAUCAUGUAAAAAAUUUUUCAAUUCACCUGAUCAUUUUUCAGCUAGUCGGUGUAAAAUCAUUCGUAUACAGGAAGCAUGUUUCGACAAUCAUCAAUUUCUUCAAUCCCUCAAUCAUAAGUAUCAUCAUUAUUACAAUCCAUGUGUACUUGUUUUAGCUGCAUCAUCGUCAUCAUCAGCUCAUUUAACCAAACCAAAAGUCUAUCGAUUCAUGUGUCAUACAUCACAUCAUCAUCAUCUCAACAAUUUCAAAGGUUCAAAUGAUAAUUCCUCGAAAAGUACUCCAACACAUUUAGGACAUCAGGUCACAUUCAACCUAGAAUCAUCACAGUUGUCGCCUUCUGAAACUCAGGCUGCUACAAGCAAUGCAACAUAUCACAUUCCAUCUUGGUCAUGGACUACCAGAACUACUCGCCGAUUAACUCAAGCAAUUAAACAGAAAUUAGGCACACGGACACCAAAAAAGUCUCAAUCAACAAAAAGAGAAACUGCUGAGUAUAAUUCAUCAGCACAGAAUCAUUCAAACAGACCAUUAUUACACUGGCUUCCUCAACUGCUUACAUUAUUUCCUAAUAAUGAUAACAAGACGACAAAUGAUGACUACUCAUUGUUUGUCGUAAAUCAUACCCCUUAAUGAGAUGAAGUUACUAUUUCCCUCCCUUUUUUGUCUUAUUCAAGCAUUUUUCUCCCUUGUACAAAUCCAUCCCCUUUUCACAUUUUUGUAUAGUCUUAAAGUGGUUUGAUUUUUUUCUAGUUUUGUUGUUCAUGAUUUUGCACAUUUUUCUUUUCGUGGGGGGUGAAUUUGUACAUUUGAUGCAGAUGAUGAUAUACGCACAUCCUACCUACCUGCCUACCUUCCUUUCUAUGUGAUUUACCUCCUCCUAAUAUCUUUUUUGUAGACAGAAGACUGCCUAAAAAAAGAUUGUAUUCCACUAUUAUUAUUAUUAUUAUUACUAUUGUUAUUCAGAGAAAUUAAUAAAACCUUUAUUUACUUAUU